CAAUAAUUAUUUAUAUUGUAUUUACUUUUGAUUUAAUAUGUAAACUAUAUAUUAUAUUUAAAUUGUUUUAAUCAACCUAACAGAUUUGUAUAAUCAGGCCAUUGUCCAUUGAUUAAUUUAAAUUUGUUUUAAGUACAAGUUUCUAAUAUUAUUGUGUGAAAAAUGAGGGAAAAAAUGUGAAAGUUUAAAAAUCUUAGAAGCGGCAAUACAUAAUUUUAUUACAUUGUUGUUAAAUUAAGCUACUGCUUAUGAAAUUAAAUAUCAGUGUGAUAUCUAUAAAAUAUUAAUGCUUAUCGUAAGAGAAAACAGAAGAUGUAUAUUCAUGAGAGACUAUGCCAGUGGUUAGGACAUUUGAAGUUAUCUCGUGUAAUAUUAAUGGUUUCGGUCAUACUAUUUCUUGUGCCACUAUUUACACAUUACUAUCUGUCUAAGUAUGAGACAACAUCUUCGCUGAGCGCUGAUUCUAUGCAACAUACAUUAGAAGCAUUAAAUGAUAUAUCAGGCGAUGAUCUCAAAAUUAGAAUUAAGGAAAUGCUAAAGAUAAAGGCCUCAGUUUCUACUGAAUUGCGAGAGUUAGAGGAAAGACGCGGAAGGUUGCAGAAAGAGGCAGCAGCAGCUAGUGCUAAAGCUGACAGUGUUAAAGCUGAAUACGUGCGGGCGUCAGCAGAAUUACAAAGGUUGCGAGUAUCAGCAGAUCAGGCGCGGCUGGCACAGUUAGAAGCUAUCAGACGAGAUUCUCCUGAACUAGCUCCACCAAUACAGAUCCUACCAUCCCGUCCCCCGCCAGUCCUACCACCUUUGGAUCUAUCUUCUGAACGGCAAUGCCGCAUGCAUUCAUGUUUUGAUCAUUCAAGGUGUUCUUUAACAUCUGGCUUCCCAAUAUACUUUUAUGAUCCUGAUAUAUAUACGCCACUGGCAGAUGCAGAGAUCGAUGGUUUUUUGAAGACUACUUUGCGUCAAACUUUGGGUUACAAUGCACACCUGACUCAGAAUCCAAAUGAAGCUUGUAUUUAUGUUUUAUUAAUUGGAGAAGCUUUUCCUAUAAACAAAAACCACUUAUCAUCAAAGGAAAAAUUUAAACUCCUAAAUGAAACUGCUAUUAAAAAACUGCCAUAUUGGGGUGGUGAUGGUCGGAACCAUAUAUUGUUAAACCUGGCAAGACGGGAGCUUUCAGUUGGCUCGGGGGAUGCAUUUCUGGGUGCAUCAACUGGACGAGCAAUGAUUGCUCAAUCCACGUUUACCCUACAUCAAUUUCGUCCUGGAUUUGAUAUUGUAACACCUCCCGCAUUGGGGCCGCCUGGAGGAGAUGUCUGGGCAGACUGUGAGCCAAUUGCACCUGCAAGACGAAAAUACCUAUUGAGUUUUCAGGGGUCAAUAUCACCGGUAUACGAUCCACAUAGAGAUCAUGACAAGGCAUUGAUAGAAACACUACAGAAAACUGCAAAUGCUACGCCCACUUCAGAUGUAUUUCACUUACAUUUUGAAUGUGAUCCACCCGUGGAACGACGUGCAUUGCUAUCGAUAGGUGAUUGGGCAUUAUGUGGGACCGAUCGAUCGAGGCGUGCUGUUCUUAAAGAUUCAACCUUUGUUUUAAUUUUGGCACCGUCAGAUCAGAAUUAUGCUUCAACAGCACUUUUACAAGCUAGAUUAUAUGAGGCCUUAAGAUCGGGAGCUAUACCAGUCAUACUGGGAGGGGAUCGAAUUCGACUGCCGUUUGAUGAAGUUCUCGAUUGGCGGCGGGCAACAAUAGCAUUGCCUAAAGCGCGUAUCUCUGAGUUACAUUUUCUAUUGCGUGCACUAUCCGACGCAGAUUUAUUGGCAUUCAGAAGACAAGGCCGCGUUCUCUGGGAAAGAUAUUUAAGCUCACUACAAGCUAGCACUGACACCCUUUUAGCUGUAGUCCGAACUCGUUUAAACAUACCUGCCCGACCAGCCACACCUACAGCAGGAAUCCCCGCGUUUAAUGAAUCAUUCUACCCACCAAAAAUGGAGCCUCCAGCUGUGGACGCCGAACCCGAAGAAACUUUGGGGCCUCUAGAAGCUCCAUAUCCAAGUCCGGGGUACCGGAGAAAUUAUACCGUUUCUCUGUUGCAUGGUUAUGAGAUGUGGAACGAUUGGGGAGAGCCAUUCGCUAUAUAUCCUCAGUUGCCUUGGGAUCCACCUGUGACGUCAGAGGCGAGGUUUAUGGGUUCCGCGGCGGGGUUCCGACCCAUCGCUGCAGGCGCGGGGGGCUCGGGAAAGGAGUUCAGCGAGGCGCUUGGUGGGGACCGACCUCGGGAACAGUUUACAAUUGUAAUAUUGACUUAUGAGAGAGAGACUGUGCUGGCUGCGGCGAUAGCACGACUGCGCGCUCUGCCAUACUUGAAUAAGGUAGUGGUAGUGUGGAACGGGGUUAGCGGACCGUCGUGGUCCCAGUCGUGGCCCGAAUCCGGAGCGCCCGUGGCUAUAGUCCGCACACAACGCAACUCCCUCAACAACCGGUUCCUGCCCUACCAUCUCAUCGAGACUGAGGCGGUGCUGUGUGUCGAUGACGACGCGCAUCUGAGACACGAUGAAAUUGUCUUUGCCUUCAGAGUAUGGCGCGAACACCGCGACAGGAUUGUGGGCUUCCCGGGACGGUACCACGCCUGGGAUCUGAACUUCAACAAUGGCUUCCUCUACAAUUCCAACUAUAGUUGUGAAUUGAGUAUGGUGCUGACGGGAGCUGCUUUCGUCCAUAAAUAUUAUCUGUGGGCGUAUUGGCGCAUGCUCCCGGCGGCCAUUCGGGAUUACGUCGACGAGUAUAUGAACUGCGAAGAUAUUGCGAUGAACUUCCUUGUGGCUCACAUCACAAGAAAACCCCCCGUCAAGGUGACGUCACGGUGGACAUUUCGUUGUCCGGGGUGUCCUGUGACGCUGUCUGCGGACGAGACGCACUUCCACGAGAGACACAAGUGUAUACAGUUCUUCUCGCAGGUAAUGGGGUAUACUCCGUUGCUGUCGACCCAGUUCCGCGCAGACUCGGUGCUGUUCAAGACGAGAAUACCUCACGACAAACAGAAGUGCUUCAAGUUUAUUUAAAGAACUGAACAGGUUAUGUCAUCUAUUGCUUUAAUAUGUAUCUUUAUUAUGAUACUAACCUCAUGGUAUCUACUAGCCGCUUUUUCAGCAAGUUAUUGUAAACUUCGCAAGUCAAGUUUUGUAGAGCGGUAUGAAGGAUUUCGGUGAGUUCGCCAGAAUUUAAUAUAAUGGUUAGAGGUAAUGUCGCGCCGUGUUACUGUCUAUGAUGAAAAAUGUUCUCUAUGCUAAUAUUAUAAAGAAGAAAGAUUUGAAUGUUUUGCAUUGAAUAGGCCCGAAACUACUGAACCGAUUUGAGUAAUUCUUUCACUGUUGGGAAGCUACGCUAUACCCGAGUGACAUCGUAUAGUAUAUUUGCAAAAAAUUAGGGAUCCUUACUAAAAGUCCAGUAAUGUAAGCCAAAGAUUUAUAUAUAAAUCCAGUGUCCUGAUGUUUGUUUCCAGUGAACUCCUAAACUAAUGAACGGAUUUUAAUGGGGAUUACGUCAUUGAGUUUAGUCCAACUUGAGAGAUAGGAUAGUUUUUAUUUCAAUCUGGGACCCCAAUAUUUGUGUUAUAUGGACAUAUUUUCUUAGGAGAGAAUUUAUUGACGCACGGUUUGACAGUUCUGCUAUGAAACUAUUUCAUUAACAGAGAGCAUAUUUUACGAAGUAUUUCUUGAUGUUAUGAAAUAUUAUUGACAAAUUAAUAAAAAAACUGUAUUUUAUUUAUUAUGUAUAGAACAACUUUUUUUUCUGAGUGUGAAUGAAAUGAAAUCAUCAAAUAAAACUGUUAAAUGAAAUUGUAUGUAUUGUAUUUUGUAUGCGAAAAGCAAAUAUGAUAAAGUGUAUAUAAAUCAUAAAAGUUAUAUUGUGUUUGUGAUAUUCAAACUACCGAAUACUUGAUAAAAACAGUGAAGACGUAAUCUAUACGUAGUAUGAUCCCGAUCACUCUUAUCUGCGCCCGUCAUCUUGAGACUGAAGCCGGCAUGAUUAGUUUUGACUAAAUUUAGACGGAGCAACCGUUUUGAAUAAAGUUUUAUAAUUAUUAAGUUGUCACCUAGUCUGUUUUAAAAUCUUUUUAUUUUACUUUUUGUAGGUUUAAAUUAUUAUCAUUAUAAGUUAAUAAAUAAUUAAUCAAGCUUAAGUAAUAUUGUAUUAUUCAAUGAAAUCAAACGAUUUUUGUCGUUAUUUAUUGCAAUGUUAGAUCAAAACCGCUCUGAAUUGUUGAGUGCAGCUGAAUGAAUGUAUUUGUUAACGUUCUUUUUUUUAAACUUUAUGUUAUGAAUUGUAAUUUUGGUUACAACAAAAAUACUGAUAUAAUAUUUGGUAGUAUCGUCCCAUAGACUUACAAUCUUUGAUUAAGGAUUGGUCUCCAAUGCGCUCCAGCUAGAUACCGCAUUAGCUAAGAACAAUAGUGUUUAUUGUUUCGGCAACUAUUAGAUGCUUGUGUGCGUGGCAUCUUGACACUCAAUGGUAUCUUUCUAAUUUUGUAACAUACGCUUCGUGUUAUUUUACAUUGAAAUUAAUAAAAUACAAAAUAAUUAUGAUAUAAUGUGAUUUCAGAGUCUUUCUUAUUUCUUGUAGUAUUAUUUUUACAAACUUUUAGUACGCAACGCAAAUUUUAGUUUCAAUUAUUAGCAAAGUUAAACAAAACAUGCGGCAUUGUUCGAGACUGGCUCGAGUACCCCCACUUGGGCGUAGUAUUAGUUGCCGCACUUGGAGACCAAUCCUUAAUCUAAGAUUAGAAUAUAACUGCGUAUAGAGGAUCUGACAACUCGGUAAUGUGUGACCAAUUUUAAUUUAUCACUGUGUACGUUACCUCGUUUAAUAUUCAAUUCCAUCGUGGCGGACUAUUUACGACUUGCCAAUUAAAGUCAGUCAAAUAGUAUCUCCGAUAGAGGUGUUCUCUCUCGCACAUUUUGGUUGUCUAUACGCCAGUAUACUGUAAGUCUAUUUGUCAUACCAUAGCCUACUAUUAGUGAUGGUCAUACUAAAUAUUAAUAAAGGAUUUUCUUAUAUUUGUUUCGAUUUUGGUGCUAGAUGUGUGAAGAACUAUCUGUAUUGCAUAAUAUUGAAAUGUAGUUUAAACUAUUUACUAAUUAUAUUUAUAUUAUGAUAAUAGGACAUUAAUGGUGUUAUUACAAAAAAAAAUUAAACAUGGCUCAGACACGUGAUCUAACUAUAACAUCGUCAGCGACCUAACAAUAACGACGUCUAAAAUGGAACAAUAGAACAAAUAAAGGAACGGAAUGCAAUUUUUGACAGCUGUCAUCUAUCUGUCAUCAUAAUUGUAAUCUAAAUCUUCCUUAGGAAUAUGAUCUUUUCCUUAGACAAGCUUGGACUCGUGUUUAAAUUUAAGCAAUGUCUAAAAGAUUGUUCAACACUAAAACAACAGAAAGAGACAGAUUUACAAUAGAACAAUUUUUUAAACCAAGUGUGCAACCCAUGUUUAACUUUUUUGUAAUAACCGUAAACGUUUUAUAUUAUGCUAAAAGAAAAAGGUUUAUUUAUUCCUGAUGUGUAUGUGUGGUACGUGAUGACUUUUGUUUCUUAUUCUCAAUAUUAGAAAACGAUAUGUUGCGCUUAUCCAACGAUAAAUAAGGAUGGAAUUAAGUCGCAGUUUGGUUGGUUAUGUGGGUCAAUGACCGAAAUUCUCUGCUCCGCGAUCGAUGUGUGAAAUUGUAAUUGUUAUAAAAAAAUUCGUGGUUACAAAGAACACAUGUCGGAAGUGAAUCCUGCAUUGUGUGUGCAUGAACCUCUAAACUGCAUAUGAAGUCCUGAGGGCCUACCAUCAACUUUUAAUAAGCGAUGCGAAUCCGAUACAGUUCAGAAGUUCGUACCAUGAAGUGCCUUUUACUGAAUAGCGUUUGGAUAGCAAAUGAAGAAUGAACGAAAUAAAAUUGCGUUUCGAAACCUAAAAUGAUAUGAUUUUAGCGGUUUUUUUUGCGUAGAAAAUACUAAAAAUACACUUUAAAAUUGCGCAAUUGCGUUAAAUUAUAAACCAUUAAGCCCUUUUUUAUACUUAUUAAAUAAUAGUAAUGUAAAUAAAUAUAGUUCUUUGAAUUACAAAUUAAAUGUUUUCUUAUGUGUUUUCGUAAAAAUAACGAGUUAUGAACGCACCUCCAUUGAUGUUUGAUUUGACAGGACCAGACUACAUUUUUUUUAAUUUAAAUCGGUCACUUUGACAAAUAAGCUAUCCAGUUUAGGUUGAAAUAACACCUCAUGGUACGAAUGAAUGAACGAACUAAAUCAGUUUGCGAUUCAGUUGAUAUCAUUGCGAUUUAAUCAGUUGAUUUAACGUCAACCUAAAUUAGAUAGCUCUAAUCACGUCGUGGUACGAAAUAGCAAUGCAGUUCAUUUUUAGGUUGUCAAUUGAAUCGCAAUAAGAGUUCAUGGUAGGCCCGCUGGUAUAUUAUGUUGCUAGGAUGACACAUGUUUUCAACCGCUAUGAAAGGCAAUACCAUCACCGCUACCAUAUUUGUUUGCCUGGUGUCUAUGUACUGUAGUAAUAAGUCGUGCGCAUAACGUCAGAAUAUUAUAUUAAGGUAUACUCGCGUCAUAACCAUAAGACAAUCUCUUGUCCAAGUAUGAUCGCCUGGUACCAAAACAUUGUAUAAGGCUUCCUAUUUCAAUUUCUCUUACGUUCAAUCUUAUGAAUUUAUGUCUCUCUUUACUGUCGCUUUUUCGUUUCAUCGUGACGAUGCUAAAGAAGUUAUUCACUUAAAAAAUUUACCUUUACAAUUAUUAAUUAUGUUAAUUGUAUUCUAAAUUAUCUUCACAUUUGUGAUUAUUUUUUGAACUGAUUUAGUUAUGCCCAUAUUUAAUUACAGUAAUGAAAUCCCCGAUUAUGAAAACUACAUUGUUGUAAAAAGCAUUUUAUUAUAUUUUUAUAUUGUGUGUCGAAUGAAUUAUUAUUAAAAUA